AUGCUGUCGACCCUAUGGCUUCUUGCAGCCGCUGCCACUGGCCACCCCGUUUUAGUGCCACGAGUGGUUGUGGUGACUGCUUUCCCACCAGAGUUGGCCAGGUGGCAAAUCCGGCUGCCGUUAAAUGAUGAACUUCCGUUUCCAGGAGGGGCGGGUCAACAGAACUUGGCUUGGAAUGGUUCGCUUGGUGUGCUGGCGAUGGUCACAGGGAUGUCCUCCAAGAACGCAUCGCUGUCGGUGACGGCAUUGGGAUAUGAUCCUCGCUUCGAUUUGACAACGGCGACCUGGCUCCUUGCGGGCAUUGCGGGAGUUGAUCCUAUGUUUGGCACUGUUGGCGGAGUGGCAUGGAUGCAGCGGCUUGUGGAUGGCACAGUUGUGAAGUAUCUCGAUUCCAGAGAGAUGCCGCAGGAUUGGGAAACAGGCUGGAUCCCGGUGCAUCGAGACCGGCCCUACGGUCUACCUCAACCGACACCCACCGAGCGGGCUGGCUCCGUCAAGCUCCUGAACCCCAGGCUCGUGCAGUGGGCACACAACCUCACUCAGUCCCUGGAGCUGCCAGACUUGGAGGCUUUCCGGCGGCUGCGCCGGAACUACGCGCCAACGUUCCUGCCUGCUAUGCAGCCUCCCUCGGUGCAGAUGGGGGAUUUGGUGGCAACGGACGUCUUCUGGACGGGCCCAGCACAAGCUGGUUGGGCCAGAAAUUGGACAAAGUAUUGGCUGCCGGCGGGUGGAGAUGUAUGGGGUCAGCAGGGUGUCUUUGCCAUGUCCGCAAUGGAGGACUUUGCAGUGGCAGAGGCCCUUGAUGCCCUGCACCGCGUGGGCAGAACCCGAGGUGUAGAUGCCCUGCUGGUGCUUCGUGCGGCGAGCAACUUUGUGCAGCCUUGGCCCGGACACCAUGUCAGCGCAGACAUGGACUUUUUCGAAGAGGCUGCUUGCGAAGCAGCAUUCCUGGCAGGCUCAGAAGUGGUCCGGAGGCUAGUUGCGAGGAGCUCCAAGCCCGCUGACCUCGAAGUGUGA